GCAGCGGGUAGGCUUCAGCUCUGAUAUCUUUAUAACGCAUGUUUCCUUAAAAUAACAACUCAACAUUGCUUCUCCAGAGACUCGGUGCGUCUGCAGGGCUCAGUGAGUCACGAUGGAGUCCCACAGACUGAGCGGCUCUCCGGACGUCAGGAUACAGAGGAGCUACGUGCACAGUCCCAGAGGAGGCCAGGACAACCAUUUUGGAGUCCGGGUGCAGAUCCAAGGGAUUAAAGGUCAACCCUAUGUGGUUCUGAACAGUUCUGGCCAGGAGAUCCACCGGGACGUCUCAGUCAUCACUCACCAGGCGGGGUACAAUCCCGGCAUGGUGAGAAGGUCUGUGGACGAAAGACACCCUCCCUCUGAGUCCACCUCCUCCGCGUUUCAUUAUCAGAAACACCCAGAAAUCCUGAGACCUUACGACCCUGAAAGUAAUAACCUAAACGUAGUCCUUCCUUCAACGGCUUCAGUCGCCCGAUCCGGACAGCUAAACACCAGCCCUCUUCCUGAGACUGUGAACAAACCCAGGAUCCCUCUGCCUGCCGAGGGCCCAGUGGGAGACCAGGGUGAGGUGACACCUCCCUCAGGUAGACAAGUCCCUGCAAGGUCCCCAAACUCAGUGGAAACAGACUCCUUCAUAUCUGUCGGGAAGCUAAUAAGCCAGUUCAACACCACUCAGCGGAGAGGACGGGGAGGCCCGAGGAACCGGUUGGACCCGGAGCAGUGUCGAAGGUCCCGCAGCGUGGACAGCGGCCGAACCUCAGACUCCUCAUCCUCCUCCUCUUCCUCCAGCAGAGCCUCGUCUCUGAAGGGCGUCAGGGGCGAGACCCCGGGUGAGAUGUAUCCUCCGGGGUCAGCCAGGGCUCGACUCCUCGGCGGAGAGGCCUCUUUGGCGAGGGAGGAGAACAAGCCUGUCACGCUGCUUAUAGGACAUCAUGGAAAAGAGACGUUGUCUCCACAUGCUGCUAAACUCCUUCACAGAGCAGAGAAACCAUGUAGUGACCAGACUGACGAUGAAAGAGACGCACAGGUCACUCCUGAUCUUCUGAAAGGACAGCAAGAGGUCUCAGUAGACCCACCUGAAGACACAACCAAACAAAUACUGUUCACCUACCUCAAGGAUGGGACGACUGAUGACGACUCCACCACUGAGAAGAAAGUCACCCUGCUGCUUGAAAGGGUCAACAAGGUCAAGUGGAAGACUGCUGAAAAUGUGGAGGAGGAGGAAGAUUAUUCAGCCGAGGUGAAGUUUUUGCAGGAGAAGCAGACAGAGCUGGAGGAAGAAGUGUCUGAAUUAAAGCAAAAACUGGAAACAGAGAUUAAGAAUGAGAAGACUCUAGCCAAGGCUUGUGAAAAGGCCAGGACAGAGAAGAAAAAACUUCAGGAAGAGUUGGCCAGAAGUCAGGAGGAGCUUUGCAAACUCAGCGACAGACUGGCUGAGGUCGAGGCCGAACUUCAGUCCACCAAACGGGAGCUGACACAGAUGAAGGCAGAGAGAGACAGAUCCAAGACGGAGAUGAAAGACCUUCAGCAGCAGCUCUCUGAGAUGCACGAUGAGCUGGACCAAGCCAAGAGGGCAGAGGUGAUAAAUACAGAGAAAGAAGUCCUUCUGGAGGAAAUGGCGCAGCUGCGUGAGGACUUUCAGGAGAUGCUGCAGGUGAAGGAGGAGCAGGAAGAGGUGGUGCACCGCAGGGAGAGGGAGCUCAACGCCCUGAAGGGGGCGCUCAAAGAGGAGGUGGAGACCCACGACACAUACAUGGCCGCUCUGAAGGAUGAAUUUGAAACUGAGCUUGAAAAGCUGCUCAGGGAGUUAGAGCUGGCUAAAGAGAGCAGUGCUCUGCUGGGUCAAGAGAAGGUUGAAGCAGAGGAGGAGAGAGGUCUAGCGAAGGAGCAGCUGGAGGACCUGAGCCAGGACAGAGAUCAGCUGAGAUGGAAGGUGCAGGAGCUGAACAACAAGGUGGAUCAGCUGAGUCAAACCAUCCAGGAGUCUAAAGCCACGGAGAGACUGCUGGAGCAGAGAGCAAAGCAACUGGAGAGAGAAAGGCAGCAGGUUGAGGAAGUGCUGACAGACGUGAGGAGGAACGAGGAAGAGAUGGGUCAGUCUAACCAGUCGCUGCUCACUCGCUUGGAGGACGUGCAGGGUAAGCUGACCCGGCUAAAUCAUGAGCACAGGGAGCUGAAGGAGAAGCUUAAGGAGGAGAGGAGACAAAUAGAGGACCUGUGGAGGACAAAAACUGAGCUGGAGGACGAGAGGAGGCUGCAGGAUCGGAAUGUGGAGCAACUGCAGAGGAAGAUGAACAGCAUUAUGGAGGAGUGCGAGGCGUCUACAGAUGUACUUCAGAACGAGGUCGACGAGGCUAGAGAGAAGAGCCAGAGGGAGUUGGACGAGCUGCGGAGACAGCUGCAGGAAAAGGGAGUAGAGCUGGAGAAAUCCCGACAGGCAGCCAAAAAACUUCAGGAAGAGCUGCUUCCUCUGGAGGAGGAUCUGCGUCGGUGUCGCCGGGAGCAGCAGGAGGCCCAGCUGAGGGGCCGGCAGCUGGAGCAGAGGGCGGAGGAGCUGGAGGAGAAAAACGUAGCCACGACGGGAGAGCGAGAGCGCCAGCUCAAACUCAUGGAGGGACGUAUCAGCCAACUAGAAGAGGAUCUUAAUGAUGAGCGCAGCAGUGCCGACCGCCUGAUGGAGCGAUUCGAUAAAACCAAAGAGCAGAUGGAUCAGAUGAGGAGCGAGCUGAUGCAGGAGAGAGCUGUCAGGCAGGACCUGGAGUGUGACAAGAUGAGCCUGGAGAGACAGAAUAAAGACCUGAGGAGCAGAGUGACACAUCUGGAAGGAUCACAGAGGACCAGCCAGGAUUCACUCGUCUCCAAACUCAACAGCCGCAUCCAGGAGCUUGAGGAAAGGUUGCAAGGAGAAGAGAGGGACAACAACAGCCUGCAACAAGCAAACCGCAAGCUGGAGCGCAAGGUGAAGGAGAUGAAGAUGCAGACGGACGAGGAGCACAUCAACCUGCAGAGCCAGAGAGACCAGCUGACUCAGAGACUGAAGACGGCGAAGAGGCAGAUGGAUGAGGCGGAGGAGGAGAUUGAGCGUCUGGAACACGCCAAGAAGAAGGUGCAGAGAGAACUGGACGAGCAGAUCGAGUCCAACGAGCAGCUUCACGGCCAACUGAGCACACUGCGGAACGAGAUGAGGCGUAAGAGGAAAUCACCUCCUCUCAUUAAGGUCAUGGAGGGCGACGGGAAUGACGUGGAUGACUUUGGAUCUGAUUGACUAGCGUAUGAUAAAAACGAAAUGCCGUCCAACAGUCAUUUCUGGACUCUAUUAAGAAAUGUUGGACUUGACUGUGAAAAAUCCUUGAUUUCAUAAUUCAACAUAUUAACAAACUCAGGUGUGAUUUCAUGAUGUUUCCAGUUGUGAAUAUAGUGGCACCCACAGUCUAUGUUGGCACCUUGCCAAGGCUGACCUCUUGUGGCAACAUGUAUAACUACAACACCUGACAAACUUAUAUUUUACAAUGCAACUGGCUUAUUUACCUGUACUCAAAGUGAUUAAUUUGUUCCCUAAGUUAUUGCUUUCCGGUGUGAGUUUAUUUUGCAAACUGCAAAACUAAUGAAUAAAUGUGUGAAAGAUA